UAUAAGACAUCUGAGGUUGUUUGAGCACUAAGUGCAUCCUUGAUUAAGCUGGAAAAGUCGUGAAUAAUCCCGUCUCUCGCGAGUGGGUAUCCUUAACGCAAGUAGGUAUUGAUUCUGGUCAUUACAUGCACAACAGGCAGUGAUCAUGACAUUGUAGUGAAGAAGAUUUAGGAUGAAGUAAUGAUGGACAGAGAUCUUGCGACUCGCAAACGAAAGAAAAGUAUAGAGGAUGUUGCUAGGAAUGCAAAGAAAUCAUUAAAAAAUGGAUCAGGGUCAGAUGAAGAAGAUGAAGAGCUCUUUUCCUGGGAAGAAUAUUUAAAGAAGUAUCAUGCUAAGGCUGUUCCUAAGGAAACAUUUAAACAUGUACAAGACACAAAAGUCCAAGGGUUUGUUCCCGGUAUGAAAUUGGAAUCCAUGGAUCGUACAUCAUUAGAGGCUGAUACCUACUGGGUAGCUACAGUUGUCAUGGCAUCUGGACCACUGCUUCUGUUACGGUAUGAUGGCUACGAUGAUGAUCGCAGUGGAGACUUCUGGUGUGAUGCAGCAUCUGAUGAUCUUCAACCUGUUGGCUGGUGUGCAAGAAAUAAUCACAUACUUAUCCCUCCUGCAGGAUAUCUUGUUCAUCCCUUCAACUGGCAGACAUACCUUGAACAUACAAACUCGACUGCAGCUGCCGACUCUCUGUUUACUUUGGCAGUUCCACCUCAUGAGUUUGAUAUCGGAAUGAAGCUCGAAGCAGUCGAUCAAACAGAUCCCAGCACCAUAACAGUAGCUUCGGUCUCACAAGUGGUCGGACGCACCAUAUGUGCCUGGGUGUGUUUUCAGAGAUCAAAUCCAGAUGAAGAAAAUCAGCUGAAGCCAGGAUUGAAGUUAGAGGUGCUGCACAAGAAUGAUCCACUCAGUUACUGGGUUGCAUCAGUGGUAGAUUCCUAUGGUUUGAGGCUAAGAUUACGACUAGAAGGAUCGGAAGAUGAAGCCAAUGAUGUAUGGGUUUAUUUCCUGUCAGACACUGUUCACCAACUUGGUUGGGGGAAGAAAAAGAAGUUGAGACUCAACAUUCCUCCUGAUCUAAAGACAAGGUAUCCAUCAAAAGACUGGGCACAAAUCAGAGGAAGGCUUCUUGGUAUUUGUAAUAUGACAUCAAAUGACAUGUCACUCAACGAGGCACUAAACAAGUCAUCGGAUCUUUUUCCAGUUGGAUGGUGUAGCAUGAAUGGGCACCCACUCAUUACAUCGAACGUUCAGCGUCCUCCUGAGGAAAACAGGCGUCUUGCUUCGCUGAGCGUGAUUCAGCGUGACACAAAUCACCUACAGAACGCUAACAUGACAUCCAUAAACACUGAAAACGAAGCCAAAAUGGACUUCAGUUCUCACACAGACAAAACGGAGUCUUGUUCUCUCGAAGAGAUAAAGACAAAGUCGCAGGAGAAACAGUCACCCAUAUCCUCUAAGGGUAAAUAUGAUUUGCGGCCCUCGACACUUGUCCCGCGGGGUUACGGUGGAGAGAAAGAGGAAGAAAGUGCGGAAAAGAAGAAAGUUGAAGCUGUGAUUGAUUUGACGGAAGACGACGAGGUUGAGGUGGAGGCAAGGGAAAGUAAGCCUGUUGAAACCAAAGCAGGUCUACCUUCGAAGGAUGAUUCAAUUUCCUUUACAGGGAUCUGUAUUUAUGUCAAGAAAUCCUGUGAACCGGGCCCGUUUCUUAAGCAAGCUAAAGUAGCAAGUCUUCCUGCUGUCAUUGGUCCAGCGGGUCCCAAUAUUGUCUUAAGACAACUUGUUGAGCAAAUUGUUCUCAGCGCUCAUUCGUCGAAACAAGUUCUGAAGCUGCUUGCUUCUGAGACUGAUAAAAUGACUAUUUCUUCAAUUUUGAAGACGUUAAAAAACAAACUUUCUUUGUGCGAGAAUCUCACCAGCUUAAAUAAA